UUGGCAUGUGUGGUGCGCACGAAGUGGCGAAUGGUGAUAUUGCUAUAGAUUAAGCGCUGCAAAAACGACUAAAGUGGAUUGUAAUGAACGUCGAGUAAAGACAAUUUAUAGACAACAGAAAGAAAAAAUGCAAAAUAUAACAAUACAGCCAAAGAGGCCAAGAGAGGACGAUGUCCUCGAGUGCUUCCUCUAUCCGCGAUUUUGCUACACCCUAAACCCUGACGAGGUCAGCGACGACAUGCUGAGCCAAGAAAUUCAGACUUUCCAAAAAGACAUUGAACCGUUUGUCAAGGAUUACCUUUGGCACCGGGAUGGUUUGAAGUUUCAAGCAAGGACCAAGCAAGCUUUGCAACUUGAUAGUGUUGUAGAGGGUUCCUCCAGGGCAUCUGACUUUGAUCUACUGCCGCACAUACAUGUGUUGUUGAGAUUUGAUGAAGAUAUAGGUGAUGAGUGGUUUGUUGUCUUCCUCGUUAUGAAUCUCACCAACAAAUAUGAAGGCCUUAUUGCGAGAAUGGUUGAUUCCGAUGGUGAAUUUCUACUAAUUGAAGCAGCAGAUGAACUUCCUGUCUGGGCAACUCCAGAAACUUGUCACAAUCGUGUCUUUAUUCUAAAUGGUGCCAUUCAUGCAGUACAGGAUAAACAGAAAAUUUGCAUAAAUAUUUUAAACAGUGUCUAUCAACGUUCUCAUAUAUUCAAGAUGUCUGAUAAAGUUCAAGUUGCCAUUCAAAAAAGAAUUAACAUCUAUCCAGGAGAGACUAAAAGAAGAAAACAUAAAGCAAGAGCUUACUUGCCUGAAAAAGCUGCUCAUAUUCUUCAUAGAGAGCCUCAAAUUAUUGCAGCAGCGAUAAGAUCUGUUUGUCAUUCAGAUCCUUUGGAAAGAAAAGUUUGCCGCGCCAUGCGUUAUUUUCCUCCAGAACAGCGCAUCAUGACAAAUGUUAAUAUGACCAAGUGCCUAUAUGCAAUGGCCAUGCAUUGCAGGUAUACAGGCGACCCGCGAACAGGAUGGAAUUUACCACCAGCAAGUAGCCCAAAAUAUAACGCCUACCUACUUGGAAUUAAAAUUGCUUGUGGUCUAGAGAUGCUGGUAUCUCGUGGUCACGAGAAACGUCGUAAGCAUACUACUGAUAGCGAGAUGAAGAAUAGUGUUAACGAGGAAGUUUGGACUGCUUAUUUGAAUCGCGUCGAGGCAGCUGGUUACUUCCAGGACCUGUUGAAGGGUAGUAAGGAACACGAACAACGGUUGAAAAAAGCUAGAGACUUUUACGAGGAAUAUGUAAGUCCUAGCGAAGCAAGCAAGAGGUUGGAAGACAACGAGGCUACCAACGUGCUUGAAGUAUACAGAGAUAUUCAAAGCAAUGAUAUCGAGAUUGAAGCGGAAGAAAUAACUACUUUGAGUCCCGAAGACAGUGAUAGUUGGUUGAAUGUAGACCCUACUCAACUUGAGGCGAUGUUAAGUCAACAAUUUGGACUCAGUAGUAAACCGGCAGAACAACCUUUAGGUUUGCAAGGAAAAGUUGAAGCCUUCAUCAAUAAAAAAAGUGGUAUCGAAGGUGUUCAAUUUUAUGGAGAGAACGAUGCUGAUUCGAAAAGUGAAGACGUCGAAGAUAACGGCCGCAUUGAGUUCGAUCCAGAUGUCUUUGACACUGCUUUACGAGACAUUUUAGACUUGGUAGUGCCAGGUGGUGAUGGCGAGUUCGACGAUAGCUCGGAAGGAUCUUUAGGUGGUGAUGAUGAGGAAAAAAGAGAAAUGGAAAAGUAUAUGAGAUUACUCGACUCGGAGCUUCAAGAACAGAUGCUCACUGCCGAUAGUAAUAAUGUCGAAGCAAAUCUCCGAGGCAGUAUUCAAGAAGAGGCAGGUGGUUCUGGCCCUCUUGGAAAUAUUAUUGGUGGACCUAUCGAAAGAUUGAAACACCUUCAACACGAUACUGCUGACAAAUAAA